AUGAACGGUAUGUUUGCUAUGCCAGGCGCAGGUGCAGGUGCGGCCUCCCCACAACAACCAAAAUCAAGAUUCCAAACUUUCAAGGAAUCUCCACUAUACACAAUUGCAUUAAACGGUGCCUUUUUCAUUGCGGGAGUGGCGUUCAUUCAAUCUCCACUCAUGGACAUGUUAGCCCCACAAUUAUAA